GUCGCGGCCAAACCGCCAUGCGGAUUCGUGUAGCUUCGUGGCAGAAUUUUCCUUACGCUCAGUGCGAAGUGCUGCAGACAACCGCAUAUCCUAAUGGAUCUUUUAUUCCCAUACUUGUGAUCCACUAAUAAUCGGUUGUUUCAUCGAAUUAUCGAUCCAAUCUACCCAGCUGCAUCGUACGAGCUCUGGUUGACAGUCGGAAAAAUCGCGGAAUUUUUAUCAAGUCGUUCUCGCGCCUUUAUAUACCUUCCUGUCCUAACACUGUCUCUUUGCUCUUGUUCUCGGCUCUUGUCACACACCAGUGACAAAAAUUUCCGCUGUUUCUCGAUUUCAUUAGACGCCAGCUGCACGUUGAAAAAUGUCUGCUAUACAGAUAGUACGAAUCGAAGAAGCUACCUUUCAUUUACAUCUCGUUAUUACAUAUCCCGUGUCCCUAUUGUCUCAUUGUAGUACACAAUCCAUUGUAUCGGAGAAAAAAGAAUAGUAGGGCUAAUCAAAAUUGUCAAUCGUUUACCGUCGCGUCGCAAUAAGUUUCGAAAAAGUCUGACUGAGGAAAAUUGUUUUUCUACCUGGCAAAACCAUCAUGCUUUAUGCGUCAAAUUUCUAAAUUACGUAAUUCAUCUUUGCGCCUCUCGCCUAUGAAUCACGUUUAAAAAUUGUUGUAAUGAACGUGAACUUUUUUACAAUUCUACAAAGCCAUUCGUCUUUCACGAAGACACCUUUGAGAGUCACCAUAUCUUCUCGUACAAGCCUAACGUAGGAAUUGAUAGGAACUGAGCGUAAAGUCGUUUGCUCAAGCAUGGCGUUCGAAAGAAUACCAGGGCAGAGGGAUUGCGAUCAUAAAUACGCCGACGUGGGAAAGUGAUAGGUCUCUUCUCAAAGGAACAGGCGCACAUCUCAUAUCGCUGAGCUCGUUUACACGAAAAUUCGUCGCGAAGAAUAUACGAGGCAUCUUUUCCCAUCGUCGGGAAGCUUUCGUCCAACACGUGUAAAACGUGGAAGCGAGCGCGCGGAUAUGCGCACGCGCGGUUGCGACCAGAAGACAUCUCUUAUAUUGUGUAGUGUACGAAGAGUUUUGGCUCGUCGACAAGGAUUUGCGAUAAUUACGUAAGAAAAAAUAAAUAAGCAGCUUGUACAAUCAUCGGUAACACGAAAUUAUGGUGGACGGCAUAUCGUCUUUGCUUUAAAAAAAAAACAGUGCGGUUUUUGGAGAAGAGUGAGAUUUGGUGGAAGCUGUUGGUGAUUUUAAUAGUGACUGGAAAACUUGUAUCCUGUGGAGCUAUGAGCUAAACAGCGAGACGUUGGUGGAGGGUGACAGUGAUGUGGGUGCAGAGAAAGCCUUCUGGUAUUAGUAAGUGACUAAGUAACGAAGACAGUGUCAUCCGGAGAAGAAAAGGAGCUUUACUAGGAAUCCCGGGAUGAAGGAAAACCGAAGGAGUUUCUUGAGCGCUGCGGCGCCCGUUUCGUCACUCCUCUUGUCCCUUCUUCUUUCUUCUCAUCAGUCCGAAUGCGCUGCCAAAGGCGGUAGCGGUGGAUCGGUCGUCGAGCAUCAUCCUUCUUCCUUUUGGGAGCAGCCCUUCAGUCAACCCUACUUCGACAACACGACAAGAAGAGACACUACGACGACGGUUGGUCAGUCGGCGUAUUUACACUGCAGAGUACGAAAUCUUGGUGAUCGCGCGGUUUCCUGGAUUAGGAAAAGAGAUCUGCAUAUCCUGACUGUGGGGAUCCUGACCUACACGAAUGAUCAGCGAUUUCAAUCGUUACACAGCGACGGGAGCGACGAGUGGACUCUCAAGAUCAGCUCGCCGCAGGUCCGCGACAGCGGUACAUACGAAUGUCAAGUAUCGACCGAGCCGAAGAUCAGUCUCGCCUACAGAUUGAGCGUAGUCGUGUCGAAGGCAAUGAUCAUUGGAAACCCGGAACUAUACAUCAGGAGCGGAAGCGAUAUCAACUUGACCUGCGUCGUACUGCAAACACCAGAACCGCCAUCCUUCAUUUUCUGGUACAGGGGCGAGCACGUGAUAAACUACAGUCAACGAGGUGGGAUCAACGUUGUGACGGAAAAGCAAACGCGAACCUCACGAAUUUUGAUAUCCCGCGCAGUUCCGGCUGAUUCUGGAAAUUACACCUGUGCACCUUCCACGGCAGAAUCGGCCAGUGUCCUCGUACACGUACUCAAUGGUGGGGGAGCACCCGGCGGCGAUGCAGCACGGAAAUUCAAGCAAGAGCGGAGCUGCGACACGAACUCUCGCCCUGCUUUUAUUGCUCGUGCACGCGGGAUCUUUCGCAAGGACUAUUGUUUUGAGAUGUAUACUGUAACAACAGAUCAAUUUUCUAUAACCCAACAAACCUCCUUUCUGGCCACAAGAACGAAAGGUAACGUGUCUGUUAGAGCGACAUUCGUUUCUUCUGGAAAGAAGUAGCAGCGAAGAGGGGAGAAUGAAGAUAAGGCAAGACACAAGGAUGGGACGAUGGAGCCGAAUGGAGAGGAAAAGAAGGCGGAAGAUGGGAAGCUUUCGGUGGCUCGCGAAUACGUCUCAUCUCGAAGAAUUUUAGCAAUUUCCUCUGGAGCGUGGAUCAUUUGGGAAGCUUGUACCCGUGCGAACGAGCACACGCGAGCUGGAAGCGAUCCGACAAGUGUAACCAGAUACACCUGUAGUGCAUGGAUAUCGGCCUGGACUCACCUUCUGCUUCGAAAAAUUUCAAUUCUUCACGGUAAUAAACAUGCGGAACACACGGACGCUGAUGCUAAACUUGAAUUCUCUUGUACGAAUUAACAACUUAAUAACUCAUGAGAGCGUGACAUAUCCAUUGUAUGUAUAAUAGGAAUUGUGAGUUAUUGUUACUAUAUUUUAUGCUUCCGUUGCCGAACGGAUACGGUAUUUCGUUGGCGUAAAUACCGAACUUGCCGCAGGCUCACAAAAAUUCCUAUAACUCGGAGCAAAUUCUCCUUACUCCCGAAUGUCUGCGGCUGUACGAGACCCGUGUAUGAGUGCUCGUGUUGCGGCACGCCUUUGCGUAUCUCCAUUUGCCUAUGUAUCUGAAAAGGAUGAACGGAGCGAGAGAGAGAGAGAGAGAGAGAGUGUAAUAAAAACACGAUCGCUUGCUCAUUGUAUCCUACCACUCCUUCGUAGUAAACGCUG